CUGGAAACGACGUCUUUGCUAAGCGAGCGCGACAGAAGAGUUUGAAGGCAGCGGAGGGCGGCGCGCAGGCGCCACGUAGGAAGCCGCGCGUGCGCAGUGAGGCCCAUUCUCUUCCUUUCUCUCUCCUCUUCCUCCCCCCCCCCGGUGGGCUCGCGCCACUCGCUGCAUACGUUAGGCCGCCCGCCCGCUUAUUGGCUGGUUCGUUAAAAGCGACCGGUCGACGAAGACGGUUGAGGCCUAAAGUUCCGCGCAGGCGCACUAGGCGGCUCGCUCUGAGGAGGCCUCUCGGCUCGCCCGUUUCUCGACGCCUCCGUGACGGGAGGGAGGAAAAAGGAGGACCCGGUUGAGCCGCCGCCGCCGCCAUCACCACCACCAUCAUGAGCGUGGAGGCGUACGGGCCCAGCUCCCAGACGCUGACUUUCCUGGACACGGAGGAGGCCGAGCUGCUGGGCGCCGACACCCAGGGCUCCGAGUUCGAGUUCACCGACUUCACGCUGCCCAGCCAGACCCAGACGCCGCCCGGAGCAGGAGGCGGCGCGGGCGGCGGCAGCAGCAGCGGAGGAGGAGGAAGCAGCUCCGCGCAAGGCACCCCUGGAGGCCCCGGAGGGGCAGCGGGGCCGCCCUCAGCCGUCUCGCCGGGGCAGCUGGACGCCCAAGUAAACGGGCCUGAUGGCAUCCUCCAAAAUGGGGCAAUCGAUGACAAUGUGCCUAAGACCAGCCAGCUCCUUGCAGAGCUCAAUUUUGAGGAAGAUGAGGAAGACACUUACUACACCAAGGAUCUUCCUGUGCAUGCUUGCAGCUACUGUGGCAUUCAUGACCCAGCAUGCGUGGUCUACUGUAACACCAGCAAAAAGUGGUUCUGCAACGGACGUGGGAAUACAUCCGGCAGCCACAUUGUGAACCACCUUGUGAGGGCCAAAUGCAAGGAAGUGACUCUUCACAAGGAUGGCCCUCUGGGUGAGACGGUCUUGGAGUGUUACAACUGCGGUUGUCGUAACGUGUUUCUCCUCGGCUUCAUCCCUGCCAAAGCUGACUCUGUGGUUGUCUUGCUGUGCAGGCAGCCUUGUGCCAGUCAGAGCAGCCUGAAGGAUAUAAACUGGGACAGCUCCCAAUGGCAGCCUUUGAUUCAAGAUCGUUGCUUCCUUUCCUGGUUGGUCAAAAUUCCUUCCGAGCAGGAGCAGCUGAGAGCACGGCAGAUCACGGCUCAGCAAAUUAACAAGCUGGAAGAACUCUGGAAGGAGAACCCCUCCGCCACCCUCGAAGACUUGGAGAAGCCUGGUGUUGAUGAAGAGCCACAGCAUGUGCUGCUCCGCUAUGAAGAUGCUUAUCAGUACCAAAACAUUUUUGGGCCUCUGGUUAAGCUUGAGGCCGACUACGACAAGAAGCUGAAGGAAUCCCAGACACAAGACAACAUCACCGUGAGAUGGGAUCUGGGCUUGAACAAGAAGAGGAUUGCCUACUUCACCUUGCCAAAGACAGAUUCAGAUAUGCGUCUGAUGCAGGGAGAUGAGAUCUGCCUGAGAUACAAAGGGGAUUUGGCUCCAUUGUGGAAAGGAAUCGGCCAUGUUAUUAAAGUUCCUGAUAAUUAUGGUGAUGAAAUUGCGAUUGAGCUGAGGAGCAGCGUUGGCGCCCCUGUGGAAGUGACCCACAACUUCCAAGUAGACUUUGUGUGGAAGUCAACUUCCUUUGACAGAAUGCAGAGCGCCCUCAAAACAUUUGCUGUGGAUGAAACCUCUGUGUCUGGUUACAUCUAUCACAAGCUCCUGGGCCAUGAGGUGGAAGAUGUCAUCAUCAAAUGUCAGCUGCCGAAGCGCUUCACAGCACAAGGACUUCCUGACCUCAACCAUUCUCAGGUGUAUGCCGUGAAGACUGUCCUGCAACGCCCAUUGAGCCUUAUCCAGGGCCCUCCCGGGACAGGCAAGACUGUAACGUCGGCCACCAUUGUGUACCAUCUGGCUAGGCAAGGAAAUGGGCCUGUACUAGUUUGUGCCCCAAGUAAUAUAGCUGUGGACCAGCUGACAGAGAAGAUCCAUCAAACGGGGCUGAAGGUGGUUCGCCUGUGCGCAAAGAGCCGUGAGGCCAUUGACUCCCCUGUCUCUUUCCUUGCGCUGCACAACCAGAUCAGGAACAUGGACAGUAUGCCUGAGCUGCAGAAGCUGCAGCAGCUGAAAGACGAGACUGGGGAGCUGUCAUCUGCAGAUGAAAAGCGCUACCGGGCCCUGAAACGGACAGCUGAGCGGGAAUUGCUCAUGAAUGCCGAUGUCAUUUGCUGCACGUGUGUAGGAGCUGGGGACCCGAGGCUUGCAAAAAUGCAGUUUCGCUCCAUUUUGAUUGAUGAAAGCACCCAGGCAACGGAGCCAGAGUGCAUGGUGCCAGUUGUCCUUGGGGCAAAGCAGUUGAUCCUUGUGGGUGACCACUGCCAGCUUGGCCCUGUCGUGAUGUGCAAGAAGGCAGCUAAAGCAGGCCUGUCUCAGUCUCUCUUCGAACGACUGGUGGUGCUGGGCAUCAGGCCCAUCCGUUUGCAAGUGCAGUACCGCAUGCACCCAGCCCUGAGUGCUUUUCCUUCCAAUAUAUUUUAUGAAGGAUCGCUCCAAAACGGAGUCACUGCAGCGGACCGUGUAAAGAAGGGAUUUGACUUCCAGUGGCCCCAACCAGACAAGCCCAUGUUUUUCUAUGUGACCCAAGGGCAAGAAGAAAUUGCAAGCUCUGGAACGUCUUACUUGAACAGGACAGAGGCAGCAAAUGUGGAGAAGAUCACCACCAAGCUGCUGAAGGCUGGUGCGAAGCCAGAUCAGAUUGGCAUCAUCACUCCCUAUGAGGGCCAGCGCUCCUACCUGGUGCAGUAUAUGCAGUUCAGCGGCUCUCUGCAUACCAAGCUUUACCAGGAAGUGGAAAUUGCCAGUGUUGAUGCUUUUCAAGGGCGUGAGAAGGACUUCAUAAUCCUGUCCUGUGUCAGAGCCAAUGAGCACCAAGGAAUUGGCUUUCUGAAUGACCCCAGGCGCCUCAACGUAGCUCUUACCAGAGCAAGAUACGGUGUCAUCAUUGUUGGGAAUCCAAAAGCACUUUCCAAGCAACCCCUCUGGAACCACCUGCUGAACUACUACAAGGAGCAGAAAGUGCUGGUUGAGGGGCCACUGAACAACCUCCGCGAGAGCCUCAUGCAGUUCAGCAAGCCUCGGAAGCUUGUCAAUACCAUCAACCCUGGAGCCCGGUUCAUGACAACUGCCAUGUAUGAUGCCCGUGAAGCUAUCAUCCCUGGAUCAGUAUAUGACCGCAGCAGCCAAGGCCGGCCCUCCAACAUGUAUUUCCAAACGCACGAUCAGAUUGGGAUGAUCUCUGCCGGGCCUAGUCAUGUCACCGCCAUGAACAUUCCCAUCCCAUUCAACUUGGUGAUGCCUCCCAUGCCGCCCCCAGGCUAUUUUGGACAGGCCAACGGGCCUGCUGCUGACCUGAUUGCUUUUUUAGGACGUGGAAACCCAAAAGGCAAGACUGGCCGUGGUGGGCGCCAGAAGAAUCGCUUUGGGAUUCCAGGGGCCAGUCAGUCAAACCUCCCCAACAGCCAGGCCAGUCAGGACGUGGUCUCCCAGCCUUUCUCUCAGGGCCCUUUGACUCAGGGCUACAUCUCCAUGAGCCAGCCAUCUCAGAUGAGCCAGCCAGGCCUGUCCCAGCCAGAGCUGUCGCAGGAUAGUUACCUUGGUGAUGAGUUCAAAUCUCAGAUCGACGUGGCCCUGUCACAGGACUCGACUUACCAGGGGGAGCGUGCAUAUCAACAUGGAGUGACGGGACUGUCACAGUAUUAGAGUGUUGAAGGAGAAGAGCUAAGCUUGUGUGGAGCUUAGUUCAACAGCAUUUUAUUCUGGGUAAUAAAAAUAAAAUAAAAUGGAUACCUGUUUUCCACUGCUAAAACUGAAGCAACUCUGUGAGAGCAACAGGAGAGAGAGGGAGAGGAAGAGAGGAACCAACAGAGAGGAUAGAGAAGAGGAGAGAGCGCGCAAGCGAGAGGAAGAGAGAGAGCCCACUGCUAGCUCACUGAGACAAGGAGACUGACCAGAGGUGGGAAGAGGGACCCCCAGCGGACUGACUGGCACCUCAUUGGAGGGGAGCCUACUCGCCCUGGAAGAACAGAGUGGUCAGCGGAAUUCCCUGUCCUCCCCUGUCAACACACACACAUUGAGAGAGAAAGAGAGAGAGAGAAAGAUUAAGAGAGAAGGGCUUUAGAAGCAAAGAUCCACUUCAUUCCGUUCUUCUCCUGAGCAGAGCUGGCACAGGAAAAAACCCCAUCUCAGAGUUAUGUGUGUACCGAUCUCUCUCUUCCCCCCUCCAUUUUUUUUUUUUUAAAGUGACACCUGAUGAUAUUUUUUAGGAGCAAGCGCAUCAUCCAAGAGGAAUACAUCUGCCCAUGUUCAUGGGAAGCCAGCUGGCUGGUACUCUACUCUGAGGUGCACGGUUUUGCUGUCCAGAAUCCAGCUUUGGUCCUCGUGUGUGGCGUCGCCCACAUUCUGAAUGGGCUAAGAUGGGGUGACUUUGUUUUUUCCUUUUUUAAAAACAUAAAGAGAUUCUUUCAAAGAAGCACUGGAUAUUUUUUUAGAAGUUUGUCUCUGAAAUCUUAUUAGUGGACCGGGAAGGGGCUGGGAAUCCUUGUUCUAAGAAGCUUAAAAAAAAUUAUAUAUAUAAAAAGUUUAAUGCUUAAAAAAAAAUUAGAGCACCAGUCUUUUAAAAGAUCUUUUCAGUGUGAUUUCAGUCAAUCAGCCUCUUCUUCAGAUGGAGGGUAGCAGUUAGCAAGGAAAGCCAGUGCAUCCCGGCCACCAGGCGGAAGGUUUGAGUGUGUUCAUCUUCCUUUAAAUUGGCUUCUGUCUGGGCUCUGCUCUGUGUGACGACGGAGUUUUUUUCUUUUCUGUACGACUUACCAUGCGCUUCACGAAAGGGGGGAUUGGGUAUCUGUGCCCUUUGCACCCCCCAUAGUUGAAAAAGGAUGCUGGGACUGGGCUGCUUUUUUAUCUGGACCCACCAGCAAUGGGAGAACUGUAGUGGAAACCGGGGAUUAUAUUGGUUUUGAAGUAAAGACUCUUAUAAAGAUAUGUUGAGGCAGGUUGAGUGGGGCAGGCAGAGGAGCAAGGAGGAUUGGUGGAAGGUGGCUGCAAUACGUUGGCCUAAUUCUUGGAGCAUAUUGGGGUGUUGUUGGAAGGUUCUGUGCAGCAGGGAGCUGUGAAGUGAGUUGAGUGCCGGAAGUUUAAACAAAACUGGAGAUAAUGUUUCUUUUGGGGGGGGGCAAGCACCCUCUGGUGGGCUCCUUCAAACUACCACUGCUUUGAGUCUGACUAGAAAAGGGCACUUGGGAAAACCCACCUUGGCUGCCCUCAGAGUAGAAAGCAUUUUUUAUCUUCAUAAAAAUGUUCUAGGGAAAAAAAUGCAAAAAUAGGAAUUCCUGUUUGACCCUUGCCUUGUUGGUUUAUUUCCCCUCUGCCCUUAGUGAUCCAUAAAUAUUCUCAUGUCCUUUACCUCUCUGAGACAGUUUGAUCAGCUUUCUAGAUGUGAUUUUUUUUUAAAAAAGCUUAUCAAUUCAUUUGGCUUUUUCCAAUCAAAGGGCUCUAAGCAUCUGUUUAACUUUUCUGUGUUGAGGAACUUGAGGUAACUUACGCAAAUGUACUUAAAAGAGAACCCCCCAUGCUUUUUUAAAAGAAAAUUUGAAAAUCUUGUCUUCCUCAUUCCUUCCAUCUUUCCCACCCAGAAAAACCCCCCUGCACUUCUGUCCUGCAAGAAGUGUACUUGACUGAUCUCUUUUGAUCCUCCCCAGAACCCAUCAGCCCUGGCUGAUAUAGCUCCAGAUCCUAGUGGUGGAGUGUAGCAUAUGGAAUGGGAAUGUGAGUAACCCUCACAGUUCUCAUUACCCAAAAACAGAUCUCCAGAAUUCUUAGACUUCUGCCAUGAGUAAGGAAAAGGGGAUUGCAGGCUACCAUCCUUCCUGAAAGAUACGACUCUUUAUUUAUUCAGACUUGCCAGAAGGCUGCCCCUUCACUUUCUUUCCUGCCCUGUUGGAUACGCUGUGUGGCUGCAUAGAUUUUUGAGCUAGACUUUUAAGCGCUAUCCCUUUCUGUGCAAGGCAAUCCACUGAGUAUUGUAUUCCCGCCCCCCCUUCCCACGCCCCUUCCACUGCCUCCCCAAUUCCUCCCCACCCCUUUCUCACAUUUUACUCAUUAGCAACCGCUUGCGUCUGCUUUGUGCUGGGUUAUUUCCCCCCCCCCUUUGUAGCAGUUACGAAAUUCUUGAGUUUUCAUAUAACAUCAGUGGCAGCACGGUGUUAUUUCUUCAGGAAAAAAAAGUCCAUCUAAAGUUUGUUUUAAAAUCUGUUUGUCAUCAAAUCAAUAAAGAGCUCUUGCAUUCA